AUGGGUAAUUGUAAUAACACAAAACAAUCCUCUUCCUCAUCGUCCGGAAAUAGACAACAAAACAAGUUAAAUGUACAGGGACACGGUGAAAUUACGGAAACAAAAGUGACUUAUAAAAUUUUGAUUCUUGGUGAUGCAGGUGUCGGAAAAACAUCCUUGGCAAUCAAGUGGGUAGAUGGAUCUUUCCAAGAAAAUUAUAUUGCAACUAUUGGUGUGGAUUUUAAAAAGAAGGAUGUAGUGGUUGACAAUCAACUGAUAAAGUUGCAGAUAUGGGAUACCGCUGGCCAAGAGAGAUACAAUACCAUUCAAGCAACCUAUUAUCGUGGAUGUGCUGGCAUUAUUGUAGUUUAUGAUAUUACUGAUGCAGACUCAUUCCAAAAUGUGCAGAAAUGGAUUGGAAACAUUGAAAAGAAUACGUCACCAAAUGAUGACAUUACAAUACUUUUGGUUGGAAAUAAGGCAGAUUUGGAGGAUGAAAAAAUGGUGAAAACUGAAGAUGCCAACAAUUUUUGUAAAAAUACAUCCUGUGUUGUAGACAAAGUUUUUGAAGUCAGUGCAAAGACAGGACUAAACGUAAAUAAUGCAUUCAUGGCCCUUGUAGAAGCAAUUCACAACAAGAAAAAAAAGAAAUAA